UGCUCAAAAAAUUUCCACUACUCUUGGAACCCUCUCCCAAACAUGACACCUUUUCUCAUACUGUUCGUUAUAACCCUGGUAAAUUCGGAAGGUACCGCCAAUGAAACCAAGUGUGACGGAUUCCAGGCCAACUUUAAUUUGAAGGAUGUGAUUGGCGAAUGGCAGGUCGUUGCUAUUAUACCUGAGAAGUUGUUCCCUGAGAAGCAGGUGACUUGUUAUAAAGUGGAGAUUAGCGAGACUGAUGGGGCGAGUCUAAGAUGGCUAAUGAAUAAAACGAUACAUUCUACAAAAGAAUUGCUUCCUAACGAUACAAAUGGAAUCGUCGUACGGCAGAGGUAUCACACGGAAAACCCUUUCGAUGUCUGGUCCAAGUCCAUACAAGGAGUGAACGGGUGCUUCCAACAAGUCCUGUCCUUGGAUAUCUCAAAAAAAGAUAUACAUAAAGCCUUAAAACAUGAUGCGAUGAUGCAGCUUCAUCUCCUAGAAGUGAAAGGGUCCGAGCCGUUCCUGAUGCAAAUGUUAUGGGGGAGGAUGAUUGCUCUCGUCAUCUAUCGUAGGAAACCGGAAGUGACUCAAGAUGAAUUGAAACCAGUAUUUGAAUUGAUCAACAAACUCCGUGGACCUCAAAGGUUACCAAAAAUAUGUGAGAAUCCUUUGAGAGACUUAUUAGUUUUCUAAAAAAGGUAUCAUCCCUUCAUUGGAGAUUUGUUAAGAAAAUACAAUAAAUACGAGUAUAAAAGAG